CCACCCGGAUAGAGAGGAAAAGCGAGCUCUGGGCCCGCCAGGUGAGGGGAGGAACGCCCGCCCGCUCACCUCCGAAGAGGCGGGGCGCGGCUCUCGAUUACCCGCAGGGGCGGUGCUGGCCGAUCACCUGGGCCGAGGCGGAACUGAAGGGUCCGGUCACUGCCCGGAGAACCUGUAACUAAGACUCACCUGUGCGGGGGCCGGAGGCGGGACCGGGGCCAGAACUCACCUGAGCCGGUGGAAACCCGCCGCGGGUUCGCCCAGCGAAGAGGGGGAGGCGCCCCCGGCCGGCCCCAUCCGAGCGCCCCUCCGUGGGUCCGCGCGGCCGCCAUGACCUGGAGCGCCACCGCCCGGGGCGCCCACCAGCCCGACAACACCGCGUUCACUCAGCAGCGCCUCCCCGCCUGGCAGCCGCUGCUGUCAGCCAGCAUCGCGCUGCCGCUCUUCUUCUGCGCCGGCCUGGCCUUCAUCGGCCUGGGCCUGGGCCUCUACUACUCCUCCAACGGCAUCAAGGAGCUCGAGUACGACUACACCGGCGACCUGGGCACCGGCAACUGCUCGGUGUGCGCCGCCAUCGGCCAGGGCCGCGCGCCGCCGCCCCGCUGCUCGUGCGCCUGGUACUUCUCGCUGCCCGAGUUCUUCCAGGGCCCCGUGUUCCUCUACUACGAGCUGACCAACUUCUACCAGAACAACCGGCGCUACGGCGUGUCCCGCGACGACGCGCAGCUGAGCGGGCUUCAGAGCGCGCUGCGCCACCCGGUCAACGAGUGCUACCCCUACCAGUACAGCGCGGCCGGCCUGCCCAUCGCGCCCUGCGGCGCCAUCGCCAACAGCCUCUUCAACGACUCCUUCUCGCUGUGGCACCAGCGCCUGCCCGGCGGGCCCUACGUCGAGGUGCCGCUCGACCGCACCGGCAUCGCCUGGUGGACCGACUACCACGUCAAGUUCCGCAACCCGCCGCUGGUGAACGGCAGCCUGGCGUUGGCCUUCCAGGGCACCGCGCCCCCGCCCAGCUGGCACCGGCCGGUCUACGAGCUCAGCCCAGACCCGAACAACACCGGCUUCAUCAACCAGGACUUCGUGGUGUGGAUGCGCACGGCGGCGCUGCCCACGUUCCGCAAGCUGUACGCGCGCAUCCGCCAGGGCAACUACUCGGCCGGGCUGCCGCGGGGCACCUACCGCGUCAACAUCACCUACAACUACCCGGUGCGCGCCUUCGGCGGCCACAAGCUCAUCACCUUCAGCAGCAUCUCGUGGAUGGGCGGCAAGAAUCCGUUCCUGGGCAUCGCCUACUUGGUGGUCGGCUCCCUCUGCAUCCUCAUGGGCUUUGUCAUGCUGGUCGUCUACAUUCGCUACCAGGACCAGAACGACGAAGACGAGGACGACGAGUGUCUGAAGCUGGGCCUGACGCAAUCACUGCAUCCAGUUUUCCAGGGGGUCCUUUGUUCCCAGGGGCAGUGACAAGCAUAAUGUUGCAAGUUUGGUCUAGCACUCCUUCUUGAACAUAGGAAGCGCUCUACAAUGUACAGAAUAAGUGAAAACAACAAGCUGGCAUACAGAUUUGCAGAGCAGGGUUUGUAUCAAUUCAUUUGAUAUUUGAGUGUAAGAAAUUAAAAGGUUUUUUUUGGGGGGGGGGGGGGUGGCCAGGAACCGUGUAGAAACUUGAAAAUGCCAGGUCAGUUUGUAUAGUUCAGAGGGAAUGUUUUAACCUUAGAAUCAGAUAGCCGGAGGGGAUCUUAGAGGGAAAGUGAUUUCCCUAAAGUCAUAUCUGUGUCUCCUGACUCUGGACUCAGUCCUCUUUGUCAUCUAAAUGACUUUUUAUGCUUAGAGAGAAAGGGCUACGUUCAUACCUUUUCCCUUGGGUUUAAGAAAAAAAAAAUUUUAAUCUAUGUUCUCAGAUGAACCAUGUUUGUUUUUAGUAAUAUGUUUAAAUGAAUGCUAAGGAAUAUAGUCUUAUGUCAACUAGAAUCUUAAGAAUUAUUUGAACCUUUGAGAUAAUGUUAAACUCUGACUACUCUAAAAUCAUUCUAAUAUAUAUAAAAUUAUUCUAAGAAAAUAGAAUUUUAAAAACCCCUUUUAUGGCAAAAGAACUUUAAAAAAGUGAGAUCAUCUUAACCAGUUUAUUUGCCAAAAGCAGUUAUUUGGUGUUCUGUCAGAAUUCUCAGUGCCUGUUCUCAAUUAUGGCUACUUUCCAGUUACUACCAUUUUUGCUCAUGCGUAUAAGGCAGUGCAAUACCUUGAGGUAUUUUUUUAAGUAGUCAAAGCAAUAUUGAAUUGUAUUGAAUAAUUUACAUUAAUUUUAUUUUACUCUUCUAGUCCUUUGAAAACUAAUAGCCGAUAGACAGCGUGCAUGUUCAUUGACAUGUGUCUCAGAUCUUCUGGAACAGUUGUGAUUUUAGAGAUUCUGUCUCAGUAUUUACAUAAACCAAAAAAUGUUUUAUAAUCCCAGUGUGCUGGCUUCCCAACUCCUGAAUGUAACACAAUUUUACCGUCAGAUUGUGUAUUGUGAUUUUAGGCUAUGAAUAUAUGAUCAGAUAGAUAGAGAGUAAUUUUUAUUUAUUAUGAAUGUUUGAUCGAGCAGCCCUUCUUUAUGAUGGAUAAGAGAAUUUACUACAUUUUUUUACUACUUAGUUGAGAACAACCAUGUAUAUUGCCAUCACUCUUACAAUAAUCAUUGUAUUGCUAUAACAUUUUAAAUGAGACUACAAAAUUUAAGGUAUUCUGAUUAAAUCAAUGAAUAUGGUUCCAAGCCCUAUUGAUUCUCUGGGUUUCUGAAAGAGAAUAAAGGUUAUGUUUGUGUUGCCUUUGU